AGGACAUCCAGUGAGGUCAUGGAAAGGGAGAAUGCAACAGUGCUGACAGACUUUGUCCUUGUAGGAUUGCCACUCCAAGCUCAGUGGGAAGUCCCGUUCUUCUUUGUUUUCUUGGUGAUGUAUCUCAUUACCAUUACAGGAAACUUUGGCUUGAUCACUCUCAUCUGGAAAGACCCUCACCUUCACAUACCCAUGUACCUAUUCCUCAGUAGUUUAGCUUUUGUGGAUACUUGGGUAUCAUCUACUGUGUCACCCAAAAUACUGGUCACUUUGUUAUUUCACAACAUGAAGAUCUCUCUCUCUGAAUGCCUGACACAGUUCUUUUCUUUUGCAGUCAGUGCAACCACAGAGUGCUUUCUCUUGACUGCAAUGGCCUAUGAUCGUUAUGUAGCUAUCUGCAAACCUCUACUUUAUCCAGUGACCAUGACCAAUAAAUUGUGUUCCUGGCUAAUCAUUUUGUCAUUUGUAGGUGGCUUUCUUCAUGCCUUAAUUCAUGAGAUUUUUUUAUUGAGGUUAAAUUUCUGUAAUUCCAACAUAAUACAUCACUUUUAUUGUGAUAUUAUGCCAUUGUUGAAGAUUUCCUGUUCUGAUCCUUCCAUUAACUUCCUGUUGGUAUUUAUCUUGGCUGGUUCCAUUCAAGUAGUCACCAUGGUGACAGUUCUAGUUUCUUACACAUGUAUUAUCUUUACAAUCUUACAAAGCAAGUCUUUGAAGGGGAUAAAGAAAGCCUUCUCCACCUGUGGAGCCCAUCUCUUAUCUGUGUCUUUAUAUUAUGGCCCUCUUCUCUUCAUGUAUGUGCGCCCCGCAUCUCCAAAAGCAGAUGAUCAAGACAUGAUGGACUCUCUGUUUUACACAGUUAUCAUUCCUGUGUUAAAUCCAGUUAUCUAUAGUCUAAGAAAUAAGCAAGUCAAAGAUUCAGUGAUAAAAGCAUUAAAAAGAAAUGUUUAG